AUGGUAGUAUGUUGGAUUCUAGGGCUAGGGGCCCUUAUCGCCUGGAACAGCAUAUUGACAAUAGGAGAUUACUACUAUAAAUUGUUCCCAAGGUACCACCCUGCAAGGGUACUACCCCUACUUUAUCUACCAUUUUCAAUCGCAACAAUGGGAAUACUUUCACAUAAUGUGUCCAAGAUUAAGACAAGGUGGCGCAAUUUGACUGGGUUCAGCCUUUUCUUCAUAGCUACUUUGGGCCUUUUAGUUUUGGAUUUAGCAACAUCAGGGAAGGGAGGAAUUGGAAAUUAUAUUGGUAUAUGCAUCAUUGUAGCUGCAUUUGGUGUUGCAGAUGGCCAUGUUCAAGGAGGACUGGUCGGAGACCUAUCCUUCAUGUGCCCUGAGUUCAUCCAAUCAUUCCUAGCUGGUUAUGCUGCAUCAGGAGUUCUGGCAUCUGCAUUGAGGCUAAUCUCAAAAGCAGUCUUUGAAAGAUCUGCUGAUGGUCUUCGCAAGGGAGCCAUGUUAUUUCUAGCAAUUUCCACAUUCUUUGAGUUUCUAUGCAUAUUUUUAUAUGCAUUCGUCUUCCCAAAACUACCCAUUGUGAAGCACUACCGCUUAAGGGCAGCCUCAGAAGGAUCAACAAAUGUUACAGCAGAUCUUGCUGCUGCUGGCAUCCAAACAGAAGCAACAACCCAUGGAGGUGAAGAUGAUAAACAACAACAGAGAUUAAGUAACAAGCAAUUGUUCAUUGAGAACAUAGAUUAUGCAGUGGAUUUGUAUUUAACAUGUGUCCUCACUUUAUCAAUCUUUCCUGGUUUCUUAUACGAAAACACUGGAUCGCACCACCAGUUAGGCUCAUGGUAUGCACUUGUGCUAGUAGCAAUGUACAAUGUGUGGAAUCUGAUAUCAAGAUACAUUCCCCUCGUGAAAUGCCUCGAGAUAAAAUCUCGAAAUGGGCUUAUGAUUGCAACAUUGUCUCGUUUCUUUCUUAUCCCUGCAUUCUACUUCACUGCAAAUUAUGGUAGUCAAGGAUGGAUGAUAAUGCUUACAUCUUUCUUGGGUUUAACAAAUGGUUAUCUCAAUGUUUGUGUCCUCACACAAGCUCCAAAAGGCUACAAGAGCCCUGAGCAAAAUACAUUGGGUAAUUUGCUAGUGUUGUGUAUUCAAGGCGGCAUACUUUCAGGAGUUGCUCUUGAUUGGUUGUGGCUUAUUGGUAGUAAACAUCAAUUUUAACAGCUCAAGGUGGCAAAUUACUUCUUGAUCUUGAUGAAGAAAGAUGAUGAUCACUACUCAAGUAUAUUUCAAUUUGAAAGAGCAUGAACCAAAGAACAGUGUGAUCAUCAUCAUUUUAUUUGUGCUUCAGAAUUUUAUCACAGUUUGACGUUUGUUCUCAGUUCUUUGUAAUAAUACAUUGAAAUGUCAGUUUAUGAUAAGGUCAUGGUGAGAAAAUAAAGAUCAAGAAU